AUGAAGCAGACGUACAAUGAGUGCCUUGGAAGUUGGAGGACCGUUCCUUGGGUGGAGGGCGAGCUGGCAACGACAUUUGGAAGCGGCUUGGCGGUAGGCGCUUGUGUUUCGCAACAACCACCAUCGGUUAGCGAGAACGGUACCGCAUCGAGGACCCAUCCGAAUAUUGAGCUCAAUGAAGUGGCAAAGAUUCGUCGAUCUUGA